AGCGUCUUGCGGUGGCGUCUUAUACGGUCUGAACGGUCUCAGGUCAAAAGGGAGAAGAGGCUUGCGGGCGGAGCUCAGAAGCCAUCAGUCCAGAGCUGCUUUCUGCAGAGCCCGGCAUGGGUUUCCUGACUGCAGUGACUCAAGGCCUUGUGCGGGGAGCGGACAGGAUGAGCAAGUGGACAAGCAAGCGGGGACCACGCACCUUCAUCAAGAGUCGGGGUGCCAAGAGAACAGGCAUCUAUACCUCCGAUAGGAAGUUUGUGCAGAUAAAGGAAAUGGUCCCAGAAUUUGUUGUCCCGGACUUAACCGGCUUCAAGCUCAAGCCCUAUGUUAAUUACCGAGUUCCGGCAGGCAUAGAUACACCCCUGACUGCCAAAGCGCUCUUCCUGGAAGCAGUUGCACCUGCUAUUGAAAAAGACUUUAAAGAAGGGACUUUUGAUGCUAAUAACCUGGAGAAGUAUGGGUUCGAGCCCACACAGGAAGGCAAGCUAUUCCAGUUGUAUCCUAAGAAUUUCCCACGCUAAAAAACAAUGGCCAAAGGUUUGCCUACAAAGUGGAGACAUUACUGACCAAGCCUUGGAUUCUGAGUGUCUCAAAGAGUAGGGGCAGCUUCUUUGUACAUUUCUAUUAAACACCUUUAGUAUCUAGUAUAA